UUUAAGAUCAACAGCCGCCAUUUUGGUGGAAAAUUUCAUCCGAAAUUUCGGAGGAAUUGAACGGCGUCGGGAGCUGUGCUCGCUGCCUACAGUAUUCCUGAAAACCCAUAUUCGGUUACGAAAUCCAUACAGCCGUCAAAUUACUGCGGGUCCGGGCGCCUCAAACCGUGGAAAAGCGAUAAGAGAAAGGGGACCGGCUGAAGGGGAGGGGGGAGGUGGUGUUUAAAAAUCCGUAUCCCCUUCGUUCCGCCGUACCAAGUCUCCGGGUUGAAGUAUUGUUUUCAUCGGCUGAGCCGGCAGCGGUCUGGCGUCAGUCCCCGGCCUGGUCCCGGCCCUCUGCCGAAAAUGCGGCCUGACUGAUUGGCUCGAAUUUGUUUUUUUUUCCAACUGCAUAUUAAAGUAAAGAUAGGGGUUGGGAAGCUUUUUUUUUCCCCUGUGUGAGGGGGGAGUGGAAUGGCGGAGCAGGGUGUCGCGUUAGGGGAAUGGCGCUGUGGCUGAGGAGGAGCGGGCUCUCGGUGCUCGUCAAAGGCCCCAGGGCCUGCCAAAGUCGCUGCUGUGUCCGUCUUUAUCCCGCCCACCACCCCCCCCUCACCUUUCAUGUUCUUUAUAUGAAACUAGCUUGAAAAGGGAGGGGGGAACAAUUUACACAUACAGAUAUAUAAGAUAUAUAUAUAUAAUAAAAUGGCCGAGAACCUGCUGGAUGGACCGCCGUCUGCCAAACGGCCCAAACUCAACUCGCCGGCGCUCUCUGCCAGUGACAGUACAGAUUUUGGAUCACCAUUUGAUUUGGAAAAUGAUUUACCUGAUGAGUUGAUCAGAUCAUCUGACCCUUUAGCACUGUCCAAUGGUGGUGAACUGAGCCAGUUAAACAGCACUAUUGGUCAGGAUGCUGCUUCUAAACACAAGCAGCUCUCUGAGCUCUUACGGGCUGGCAGUGGUUCCAAUCUCACUGGGGGACUAGGCAACGUAAACUCCAGCAACAACCCAGGCAGAUCUUUGGACAGUCCUGGUCAGGGCCAGCAGAACAGCUCCAACCUGGGCAAAAGCCCUCACAAUCAAGGGUUGACUUCAUCUUCUGUUCUGGGGAUGGCUGCCAGCGGUUCAAGUUCUUCAACCCCUGGCUCUCAAGCACUGAACACACAAGCACAAAAACACGGAGAGUCGAAACUUCUCAAUGCUGCAGCAUCGGGUAUGGUGUCUGCCAAUAGCAGCCCAGCUGCACAGACUGGGCCAGGUGGAAUUGGCAUAAAUACCAAUCUCAGUCACACGCAUCAAGCUCUAUUGAACAGCAGCAACAGCCAAGGUCUAAUGCAGCAGUCGCAACAAGGACAGGGCCAGGUGCUGAAUGGCUCAUUGGGAGCUGCUGGCAGGGGACGAGGGAGUAUGCAGUAUUCAAACUCUGGCCUGGGCAACUCUGGUAGUGUGUUAGCAGAGACUUUAGCCCAGGGAUCAGCACAGAUGGGUGCACACACGGGUUUAAACACGCAGCAAGCUGGAGCUAUGGCAAAGAUGGGGAUUUCAGGUAAUGCAAGCCUAUUUGGACAAGGCUAUGGCCAAGCUGGUGGGCAGCAAUUAGGCACUGCAGGGGUUGGACCUCAGUUACAAAACAAAAGCAAUCUUUCCAAUAGCCUGCCUCCUUUUCCAGCUGAUUUAAAAGGCACUCAAGUUACAAAUGUGCCAAACAUGUCACAACAACAGUCCCAGGUUCAACAGGUUGGGAUGGUACAAGUACCAUCCCAGGUACCAACGCAAGGAAUGGGAUCUGCACCGACAGCAGAUCCGGAGAAGCGCAAACUGAUUCAGCAGCAGCUGGUCCUACUGCUUCAUGCCCACAAGUGUCAGCGAAGAGAACAGGCAAACGGUGAGGUGCGACCCUGUGCGCUGCCCCACUGCCGAACCAUGAAAAACGUCCUGAAUCACAUGACUCACUGUCAGGCAGGCAAGUCCUGCCAGGUUGCUCACUGUGCAUCAUCAAGGCAAAUCAUCUCUCACUGGAAAAACUGCACUCGACAUGACUGUCCUGUAUGUCUACCCCUGAAAAAUGCCAGUGACAAGAGAAAUCAACAGACCUUAUUAGGUUCUCUGUCAAGUGGGUUACCAAACGCAGUUGGUGCAGUUGGAAGUGGUCCGCAAGGUACAUCCACUAAUUCAAACCCUAUCGAUCCCAGCUCAAUGCAGAGAGCAUAUGCCGCACUUGGACUGCCCUAUGGUAAUCAGCCACAAGCGCAGCCGCAGCCUCAGGUACAAGGCCAACAGCCAACACAGCCUCAAGUCCACCAAUCAAUGAGGCCCAACCCAUUGGCAGCUACUAACCAGAUGAAUGUGGUAGGAGGGAUGGGAGUUCCAACCCCUGAUCAGUCAAACUUGAUGUCUGACUCUGCUCUUCCAUCUUCCCUUGGUACACCAAAUCAAAUGAUGAGCGAUGGCACAAAUGUUGGUAAUAUUAGCACAUUGCCAACAGCAGCACCUUCCACCAGUGCUGUACGUAAACCGUGGCAUGAACAUGUAACUCAGGAUCUACGCAAUCACCUGGUUCAUAAGCUUGUGCAAGCCAUAUUUCCAACCCCUGACCCAGCAGCACUGAAGGAUCGUCGCAUGGAAAACCUUGUGGCAUAUGCUCGGAAGGUGGAAGGAGAUAUGUAUGAAUCUGCUAAUAGCAGGGAUGAAUACUAUCACCUACUAGCAGAGAAGAUUUACAAGAUUCAGAAAGAGCUUGAGGAGAAAAGGCGCUCUCGGCUUCAAAAACAGCAGCAGGGAAUGUUGCCAAACCAGGGAACCUUGACAGGUCCAGGUGGCCAGCCACCUGGCAUGUCGCAGGCGCCAGGCAUGGCUCAGGUCCAGCCUGUCCGACCACCUAAUGGACCUUUGUCUAUGCCAAAUCAGAUCAUAAAUCGAAUGCCAGGAUCUCAAGGUAUAAACCAAUUUAGUUCCAUGGCAUUGGGGAAUGUGCAGAUGCCACAGGGGCCCAUGGGACCACGUGGAACACCUCCCAUGAACCAUACUGUACAGAUGAGCAACAUGGGAUCUAUUCCAGCGAUGGGAAUAUCACCUUCCCGAUUGCCACAACCCCAGGGUAUGCUGGGAGUGCACGCCAAUAGCAUUGGUCAGUCUUCCCCGCAGAACCAGUUUAUGAGCCAGAACCAGUUCUCUGCAGCCUCUGCCGGAAUGAAUGUGAAUAAUGUGGGCAUAUCUCAAACAGCAAAUCAGUCUGGAAUGAAUCAGAAUCAGGUACCUGGCACUUCACUUCCUUUGAACAAUUCUGUAAGCAUGAUUGGACUACCCAGUGCUCCAAUGCAUUGUGCACCGGUUUCUCAGCCAACUCUUCGGCAAGCUCCUUCUCCAGCAUCUGUUUCCGCCCCUGUUGUUGUCACUGCGGCAGGAAGUAUGCCAUCUAUCCAGCACUCAGCCCCAUCCAGCAUGACUUCUCCUCAACCAACAACUUCCCAGUCUCAGGCCUCCACUCCAGCUUCCUCCUCAGGGCGAGCCUCAACGCCAACUCCAGUGCAGAGCACAACCCCAAAUCAGACCCCACCUCGGACCCAAACUCCAACACGGCCUCCAACUCCAGUACAAUCUCAGCAAACAGUAGCAACACCACAACCAAUGCAGCAGGCUACCGGGCCACUUCAGCCUGCCACUCCACUGUCUCACUCUGCAGCAAGCGCAGAUGGUAAAGUAGCUACCCCAGCCUCCGUGACUAGUACAGACACAAAUUCACAGCAACUCAUAGCUGAAGCACCACCGUCUAAUACCAAGUCAGAAGUCAAAGUGGAAGAAGUUGAAUCAGAAGUACCAGAAACACAGACGGAUAUCAAAACUGAGAAUGAUGUUUCUUCUUGUCCUCAAUUGAAGGAAGAAACUAAUGAGAGUCUUGCAGCUAAGCAAGAACCUAUGGAAGAAGAGGAGGAGGAGGAGGAGGAGGAGAAACCAGAGAUCAAAAUUGAGCCCAAAGAGGAGGAGGAGGCCGAAGCCAAUGCAUCUUCUCAGUCAUCAGCUUCACCAUCUCAGUCACGGAGAAAGUUUUUCAAACCAGAGGAACUACGACAAGCUCUUAUGCCCACACUUGAAGCAUUGUAUCGUCAGGACCCAGAAUCAUUGCCAUUCCGGCAACCAGUGGAUCCUUCACUUUUAGGAAUUCCAGACUAUUUUGACAUAGUGAAAAACCCCAUGGAUCUAUCAACAAUAAAACGCAAGCUGGACACUGGGCAAUACCAGGAGCCGUGGCAGUAUGUGGAAGAUGUAUGGUUAAUGUUCAAUAAUGCUUGGUUGUACAACCGCAAGACCUCACGUGUAUAUAAAUACUGUACAAAAUUGGCUGAGGUCUUUGAGCUGGAGAUUGAUCCAGUCAUGCAGUCUCUAGGCUACUGCUGUGGACGUAAGUACGAGUUCUCUCCUCAGACAUUGUGCUGCUAUGGCAAACAGUUGUGUACAAUCCCACGUGAUGCCACUUAUUUCAGCUAUCAGAACAGUUCACCCAAAUAUGGCCUUCUUGCUGACAGGUAUCACUUCUGUGAGAAGUGCUUCAAUGAGAUCCAAGGCGACAGUGUCACACUGGGUGACGAUCCUGCACAACCACAAACAACCAUUUCAAAAGAUCAGUUUGAAAAGAAGAAAAAUGAUACAUUGGAUCCUGAGCCCUUUGUUGAAUGUAAAGAAUGUGCUCGCAAAAUGCAUCAAAUCUGCGUUCUUCAUAAUGAAACUAUCUGGCCUUCAGGCUUUGUUUGUGACAAUUGCUUGAAAAAAGCUGGUAAAACCAGGAAAGAGAACAAAUUCAGCUCUAAAAGAUUACAAACAACCAGGUUAGGGAAUCAUUUAGAAGACAGAGUGAACAAAUUUCUGCGACGCCAGAAUCAUCCUGAAGCAGGCGAAGUAUAUGUUCGUGUGGUAUCCAGCUCUGAUAAAACUGUGGAAGUUAAACCAGGAAUGAAAAGCAGGUUUGUGGACACAGGUGAAAUGUCAGAGACCUUUCCGUAUAGAACCAAAGCACUUUUUGCUUUUGAGGAGAUUGAUGGUGUGGAUGUCUGCUUCUUUGGGAUGCAUGUACAGGAAUAUGGAUCAGACUGUCCAACUCCUAAUACCAGACGUGUGUACAUAUCUUACCUCGACAGUAUUCACUUCUUCCGCCCAAGAUGCCUCCGAACUGCAGUUUAUCAUGAAAUCUUAAUUGGUUAUCUGGAAUAUGUGAAAAAACUUGGCUUUACACAGGGCCAUAUCUGGGCUUGCCCUCCCAGUGAAGGUGACGAUUACAUCUUUCACUGCCACCCAGCAGAUCAGAAAAUCCCCAAACCCAAACGAUUGCAGGAAUGGUACAAGAAAAUGCUGGAUAAAGCUUUUGCUGAGCGAAUCAUUCAUGAUUAUAAGGAUAUCUUCAAACAGGCAACAGAGGACCGUCUGACCAGUGCAAAUGAAUUGCCUUAUUUUGAGGGUGACUUUUGGCCCAAUGUACUAGAAGAAAGCAUAAAAGAAUUGGAGCAGGAAGAAGAGGAACGCAAGAGGGAAGAGAACAGCAUCCCCAGUGAAACCCCUGAUGGAAAGAAAGGAGACAGCAAAAAUGCAAAGAAAAAGAACAACAAAAAAACAAAUAAGAAUAAAAGCAGCAUUAGCCGGGCCAACAAGAAAAAGCCUGGAAUGCCAAAUGUAGCUAACGACUUGUCACAGAAGUUGUAUGCAACCAUGGAAAAGCAUAAAGAGGUAUUUUUUGUGAUCCACUUCCAUGCUGGACCAGUGGUGAACACAUUGCCUUCCGUUGUGGAUCCUGACGCCUUGCUGAGCUGUGAUUUGAUGGAUGGCCGUGACGCAUUCCUGACACUGGCCAGGGACAAGCAUUUGGAGUUUUCAUCAUUGCGCCGUGCGAAGUGGUCCACCAUGUGUAUGCUGGUGGAGUUGCACAAUCAAGGCCAGGACCGAUUUGUCUACACGUGCAACGAAUGCAAGCAUCACGUAGAAACACGAUGGCACUGUACAGUCUGUGAGGACUAUGAUCUAUGUGUCAACUGCCACAACAUUAAAGGCCAUGAGCACAAAAUGGUUAAAUGGGGCUUAGGACUAGAUGAUGAGAGCAGUAACCAACCAGAUCCACUUUCCAAGAGUCCACAAGAAUCUCGCCGCCUCAGCAUCCAGCGUUGCAUCCAGUCUUUGGUUCAUGCUUGCCAGUGCCGCAAUGCCAAUUGCUCAUUACCAUCCUGCCAGAAAAUGAAACGAGUUGUCCAGCAUACCAAGGGCUGCAAACGCAAGACUAAUGGAGGCUGCCCUGUCUGUAAGCAGUUAAUUGCCCUCUGCUGUUAUCAUGCAAAACACUGCCAAGAGAACAAAUGUCCUGUGCCAUUCUGUCUCAACAUCAAACACAAGCUGCGUCAGCAGCAGCUGCAACACCGACUGCAGCAAGCGCAGAUGCUCCGAAGAAGGAUGGCCACCAUGCAGCGCGGAAAUGUGCCUCAGCAAAGUUUGCCUUCUCCUACCUCAACCGCGCCUGUAACACCCACUGGACAACAGCAACCCGGCACCCCUCAGACACCACAGCCUCAACCUCCACCUCUGACCCCACCAUCCAACACCUUGCCAAGUGGCUUCCCCAAUCCACCAAGGACGCAAACCCCAACCACUGUUUCACAAGGAAAGCCCACAAGCCAGGUAUCACCACUUCCCCAAGCCCUUCCUGCUCAACCUCCACCAGCUGCAGCAUUGGAAGUGGCUAGGCAGAUUGAGUUGGAGGCCCAACAGCAGCAGCAGCUUUACCAAAUGGCAAACAUGAACAAUGGUUUAGGAAUAGCACGGCAAAACAUGAUUGGGCAACAGAUUGGGCCUGUCAAUCAGAUGCCAGCUGUUGGUAUGAAAGUCACUCGGCCUCCAAUGGGUCAGGUAAUUCCUGGCAUGCAACCUGGACAGUGGCCACAAGGAACGACGCUAUCGCAGUCACAGCCUGUGCAGACUGGCGUGCCCAGAAGUGGCAUGCAAAUGACUUCAGCACAGGCAUCAGGGCAGAGAAUGCCAGGAGCCCAGCAAUCUCCACGUAGCAGCAUCUCCCCAAAUGCUCUCCAGGACCUCUUACGAACAUUGAAAUCACCUAGUUCUCCACAGCAACAACAACAGGUGCUUAAUAUUUUGAAAUCCAACCCACAACUUAUGGCAGCAUUCAUAAAGCAACGAACAGCUAAGUACCAGGCUAACCAACCUGGCAUGCAGUCACAACCUGGAAUGCAACCUCAACCUCAGCCCAGAAUGCAACAAGCAGGCAUGCAUACUCAAGCAGGUAUGCAGAAUCAACUGCAGAAUCUGAAUCCUUUGCAGGCAGCUGCUCAGCGGUCUACUUUAUCCCCGCAGCAGCAAAACUUGGGCAACAUGAAUACCCAGAGUCAAACAAUGAACAUGAUGAACCCUGGACACAACCCUAACUUGGCAACUAUUAGCCCACAGUACAGGGAGCUGUUCAUCAGGUGCCAGCUCAUACAGCAGCAGCAGCAGCAGGGAACUGGCAUGGCUGGAGGAAUAGCGGGUCACACACAGUUCCAGCAACCACAAGGACCAGCUUACCCACAAACGAUGCCACAGCAGCGAAUGCAGCAACACAUGCCCAUGCAAGGUGGGCCUCUGGGACAAAUCACCCAAAUGGGACAGCUAAACCAGCUGAAUCAACCAGGGAUGGGAGCCGAUGGGACUCCCACUAUCCAACAGACGCUACAGCAGCGGAUUCUGCAACAGCAACAGAUGAAGCAGCAAAUGGGCUCGCCGGGCCAGCCCAACUCCAUGAGCCCCCAACAACACAUGCUCUCAGGACAACCGCAGUCAUCUCAUCUUCAGAGCCAACAGAUUGCUACUUCCCUCAGCAACCAAGUGCGGUCUCCACAGCCGGUACCCUCACCACGGCCUCAGUCCCAGCCUCCACAUUCCAGCCCAUCACCAAGGAUACAGCCACAACCUUCUCCCCACCAUGUCUCUCCACAGACUGGCUCCCCACACCCAGGACUAGCUGCGCCCCAGGCUAACCCCAUGGAUCAGGGACACUUUAGCACCCCAGAACAGAAUGCAAUGCUUCCACAACUGACUAAUCCUGGUAUUAGUGCUAUUCAUAGCGCCACUGGUGACUUAGGACUGGGUACUGAUAGCUCCAGCCUAUCGAGCUCCACUAUUACAUGUGACACACUAGAAAAGUUUGUGGAAGAAAACUUGUAGCAUUUGGGAGCAAUUUUUCCUGAGACUUUUUGUACUGAAAAUUUCAGCUGUCUGGGGACGAUCAAUCCCUAGAAGGAACUGCAACUUCCUCAGUCAUUGAGGGAUGAAUUGCUGUUAAAACACAAAGAAUAUAUUUUUUGUUCAGACUGGUUGCACAUUCUGGUCGUGUUUUUUUUUCCCUUUUUUUGUUUCCUGUUUGCUUUUGUUGCUGAUGACUCAUUGCCUAAUUUUUUUAAAUGGAGAAAAAGCAAGUUCGUUAUAUUAUUCAUAUUUUUAUUUUGUAUUUUUCAGACUUUCAGCAUUUUUGUGUUUAAAACCAGGAAAGAAAAUUUCCUGAAAAAUGCAACAUAUAAUGUAUACCAAUAAUUUUCUGACGUGUUCUGGGAAGGUUUUUCUAUAGUGAAGUCUGUGCGGACGUUUCAAGUAUUAAAUUUGUAUAGAUAGGAAUAGACCAUUGCACACGUACUGGCAAAAGCCAAACUUUGUCUUGCAGAUGUAGAAAUUGUUGCUUUGUUUCAUGAUAAACUGGUUUUAGUGAAACUAGGAUGAUCACUGAUAGAUUGUGCUGAUUUUAAUAGAAGACAUAUCCUUUCCUUUCCUCCUUUAUUCUCUGUGAAACUUGAAAUGAGAAGAAAGCAAUUAUAGUGUAAAUCAUGCAAGUUAUAUAAUUACUAUAAAUAAGGAAACAAAACUCUCAAUCACUGUAUAAACUGGUUAAAACUCAUUUCUUACUUAUAUACCAUAUUGUUAAAUAAACUGUGUGCAACAGAAAACAGGUUUGUACUUCUUCAGUAUUUAAAGAGGUGUGUUGAAAAGUAAAAGGGAAUAUGUGUUUAAAUUCUCCCCCACUGCCUCCUGACCACCAUCAAACAUCCCCAUGUUAAAGGUCUUAGUGAGUCCUGUUAAGCUUCAAUUCAGUUUUCCAAAGCUAAAAAGCUUAUUCCUUAAAAAGGUUUUUGAGAAUAGAAACUACUGAAAACUGGACUUUGAGACUUGCUUUAAACCAUUGACCUCUGCUGAUUAUCCAUUCACUAAUCCUUUUCCUUUACUCUUCCCCAAUACACAAAUGCCUCCCUCCCUGUUGUCAGUCAGAAUCCCCAGGAGAAAGGGGGGGAUUGAUGACCAGAGUCAUAAACGGUGAUUUGGAAGAGAUGGUCCCUGCUGCUGUGCUCUCCCUUUGUGCAGUUUUCAGUAAGUCGUCGUGUUUUUAUUUUUAAAACUAUUAUCUUUUUUAAGAAAACAAGAAAUUAAAUUGUGUUGCUGCAGUUUUUAAUUGGUGUAAAGUUUCAGAAACUUAAUUCCUAUGCGUCCUCAAUCUACUCUCACCAAUGGUGUUACUUCAGCUGAGGAUAUAGAAGGAUGGUUACUGCUAAUCAUUUGCUGCCAUUGAUGGAUUUGUUGAAAUUUUCAUGGACUCUCUGAAAGUUAAUCUGAGCUGCCUGCAUGCAGGCAUUGCUGUAUAUGUUUGUGAACUAUACAAAAUCGAUGAGAUACUCAACUGUGAAAAGUUUAAACUUCAUGCCCUAUCACUGGGUAUAUCAAAUAGCAGAUGGUCGGAGUGUUUGGGGCUUUCUUUUGUUAUUUUUGCUUUAUGUAUUCCUCUUUGUGUUUCAUUUUAUGUAUCAAUAUUACUGUGUACGCAUAGGAAGGUAGACAGUUUUUAUUUGCCUUCUGUGGGAUCCUUGCACGUUUUUUCUUUACAAAAGUUGGAUGAUCCAUUCAUCUGAUCUACUUAAACUACAGUUAAGAUCUAUCAAAAUAAAAGCUGCAUUAU